AUGAAAGAUCAACCCGACACGGCACUGCGGACGCCCGCCAGCAGGCGAAUCUCGUCUCCGGCCUCUCAGCGCCUUCAGUCCGUCACCGAGAACCGUCAUCCGCGAGCACCGCCGCCGAUUCCGGUAAAGAGCAUUCUGCGGAAUUCGACAUCUACACUGUCAUUACCGUCGAGCAUCAUCGUGACCCCUCCUCAGGAUCACGAGAGCGACAAGCAGACGAGCAGUAGCGGGACGGCGGCAACAGGUGGAACAGCUCCACCAUCAUAUCAUUGGGUGCCCGAACAACGUGCCGUCGACAAUGAGUCGUCGCUAGACAGUGGGCCUGUGGAGGGCGAGAAGCUCGCAGAGCUACGCAGAAAUGGCGGAUACAAGCGAAGGAAUAAGAGGGGUGGUUGGUGGCGUAUGCUGUUGGUUAUUAUCGUCGUGUGCAUUGUUGUUGUUGGGCUUGCCGUUGGUCUAGGCGUAGGCCUGACUGUGGGAAGACGGGAACACGGAUCGCAAGACGAUGCUGGAGCGAACACAUCGGGGGCACCUGGGAACGAAACUCAAGGUUCAGGGCCGCAGCCAUUCCCACUCGGACAGUACACAAUGCUCACGGCUCUUAAGAAUGUCUCGACAGAUUGCACGUCGAACGCAGAAACGUGGACCUGCUACCCGCGCACCAUAUACGAUCCCUCAAAUCCAAGUUCCGGUGGUCUAGCAACUUUUGACUGGAUACUCACGAACACGUCUUCCAUCUUUGCCACAAUGGGCUCGGGUCCAACUCCAAAUGAAGGUGUUCCAGCGAACAUUUCGAUAAGCUCGACAGACAACCCUCUGAGCAUUGCCAUCAACAACCAGUCCUUGACAUACAUCUCUUCGGCGUCAAACUCAAGCACAGCAAGGCUCACUUUCAGCUACACGAUGGGAAAGUCUGUAUUUCCUGCGACCUCUCUCACGGACAACAACGUCGGCACACAAUGUUUCUUCAACCAGACCGUCUUUAUAGGAACGUUAUACCUCUCAGCACCACGAAACUACCCGCCAGAGGGCACCAACAGUAGCAGCGUGCAGUCCAGCAACAUCCAAUGGCCUUAUGCUGUCGAAGUCACGCAGAGCAGCCCCGGGGGAGAGGACAGCCCGGCGUGUUACGAGUACAUGAAUGGGGUGAACCGAGACAGAAUAACGACAGGACUCACGGCCCAGCCUCAGAACUCUCAGUGUUCCUGCGACUACAACAACUUCUGA